AUGCAGCCUGAGCUAUCCCGCAAGCUGUACAAAGUAAUCAAGUCGUCCAACAACCUGGUUACUGCCCAUGACACCGCGGCAAAAGAGCGUUCCCGAAUCGCCACCGAAUUGUCCGAAUGGGGUGAACACACGAACGACGAGGCCGUAUCUGAUAUCAGCGACAAGGUUGGUGUCAUAUUGUCGGAGCUUGGAGAGCAGGAGGAAAACUAUGCCCAUAACCUCGAGGAUUCACGCGGUGUACUCAAGGCUAUUCGAAAUACCGAGAAGAGUGUGCAGCCAAGUCGUGACAACAAAGCCAAGAUUACCGAUGAGAUCCAGAAAUUGAAGGUGAAGGAGCCACAAAGCACCAAGCUUGUGGUAUUGGAGCAGGAACUUGUUAGAGCUGAGGCGGAAAACUUGGUCGCCGAAGCCCAGCUGUCGAACAUCACACGCCAGAAGCUCAAGGAAGCAUAUGAGGCAGAGUUUGCAGCCGUAAUCGAGCGCGCGGAACGGCAGAUCAUUCUUGCCAAGCACGGUCGCCGUCUACUCCAUCUUCUCGAUGACUCGCCCAUGACCCCGGGUGAUGGGCAGAGGGCAUACAAGCGAGGUGGCGAGGCUCGCCAAAUCCUGAACGACGCUGAGGACGACCUCCGUAAGUGGGAACCAGACUUCGGCGGCGAGUCCUACCACGACGCCCAGGACUCAGUAGAAUACGCCGGCCGUACACCAGAAUCAUCCAUCGCAACUGGCCAUCGACAACAGGACGAUCAUGGGAAGCAAGGGUUACCUUUGAGUGAAGCGACUUUGAGAGAAGAAGGGCACGAGCCAGCACUAGCUGGAUCCUCAUCAGCUGGUUUGACUAACUAG